AUGAAACCAAGAAAGAGAUCUUUGUUUGAACGAAUCUUAAUUUGCCGUAGUUUUGGUUCCUUUCUCCGAUUAUCUCUCUAUCUAUUGUCCUUUUCCAUCCCAUAUCUCUCGCUCUCUGCAAUUACAAACUCUUCCGCCAUUGGAUCUGCCCUUUCAUCGCCUUCCGGCAAAGGGUCUGUCUGUUCCUGGGAUUACCUUUUUUUAUCUUUAGAUCUUGGAGGAGUGGUGUUGCUUGUGUACAUAACAUCUGUCGAGGAUGUCAUUUUGUAUGAUGGGUCGAGUUCAAACAUUAAAUAUUUGGAGGCAAUUUCGAGGAUAUCUAUAAUUUAUAGGAUAACAAGCAAAGAGAAGUUGGAUUGGGUUUGUGGUUUUGAGAUGGAUCAUAAAAGCGUAAAGGAUAGGAAUCCUGAAGUUGAUCUUGAAAGUGGAUUGCCACUAAUUGGAGAUGAUUCAAAGCAAGCCUCUACUCCUAGUGGUGCAAAACAAGGAAAGACAUUAUUUGCUAAGAUUUCUGGUAGGAUUGUUGGAGGUUCGGUUAAAGGUGACGAUGGUCCAAGUUUAUGCCGCAAUGAAUCAAGUUUUGAUGAAGUUUCUGCGGAUUUGAUGAAAGUAACAAGCAAGCCAUUGAUGGGGAAAGAUUCGGCGAACCGUGCACAGCAGACCCCAAUGAAGGAGAAACGGAAAAAGGCCAGUAAUAAAAAGGCUCCGAAACCUCCAAGACCUCCACAAGCUCCUAUGUUGGAUGCAGCUGACCAUAAGUUAAUCAGGGAGAUAUCUGAACUUGCCAUGUUGAAGCGCGCAAGGAUAGAGCGAAUGAAAGCCUUGAAGAAGAUGAAAAUUGCUAAAUCAUCAUCGCCACCACCAUCAUCUUCCAGUGCCAGCAGCCUUUUUGCCAUGCUAUUCACUGUUGUCUUCUUUGUUGUGAUAAUAUACCAAGGGGUUGCAAACGUUCCUUUUGCAGGCAUGUCAUCUGGAACGAGCUCAGUGACAAGUUUCCAGCGAUCUCCUGUAUCUGCAGGAGAAUCAGAGGGUGGUUUAAUUUCGGUUGAGUACCAACUCAAUCCUUCUGCAAGUGACUCAAAUUCUCCUGGUUCAGAAUCUCCCAAUUUUGUACAGAAGGUGGCUGGUUCGGAUUUGCCUGAAAAUUUGAGAAGAGAUUCAGGAUAA